GGGCAGGGUUUCCAUCCACUAGAUCAGACUCAAGGCCCCAUCCAACUUGACCUUGAGCAACUCUGUGGAUGUGGCAUCUACAGCCUCUCUGGGCUGCCAGUACCUCACCAUCCCCUGAGUGAAGUCAUCUCCUCCUAGCAUCUAACCUAUAUCUCCCCUACUUUAGUUUAAAACCAUUCUGCCUUGUUCUAUCGCUAUCAGACGGUGUAAAAAGUCAUUCUUCCUCCUGUUUAUAACCUCCCUUUAAGCCCUGGAGCCUCAGCGAAGUCACUGGAACGCACCGACUUUUCGGUUGUAACCUGACCUCGUCACGCGGUUGGUGCCAGCCGCGGCCCGCAGCGCUCCCCUUAUAAGUAGGAACAGCAGCGGGCUGCCAACCGCAGGACACGGCGCCACGGGGGCUGGGGCGGGUGGAGUUUGAGUGUUUUCAUGUCAAUGAAGAGCAGGAUACCUCUCAUUCUUGUAGCCUGUGGCUCCUUUAACCCCAUCACAAAUAUGCAUAUGCGUUUAUUUGAGCUGGCUAGAGAUCACCUGCACCGAACAGGAAGAUACCAAGUGAUUGAAGGCAUAAUGUCUCCUGUCAGUGAUGACUACAGAAAGAAAGGCUUGGUUUCAGCAAGACAUCGGAUAGCAAUGGCCAAACUAGCACUGGAGACAUCUGACUGGAUUCGAGUUGAUCCAUGGGAGACUGAGCAGGAGUCAUGGACAGAGACAGUAAAAGUGUUAAGGCACCAUUACAAUGAGUCAGUCAGACUGCUCCAGUCCAAGAAGGAAUUCAUGAAAAACAAACAGCCCACAGAAAGAUCUACAGAGAAUUCCCUUUCCUCCCAGCACUCAGUUCUACCAGAACUAAAGCUGCUCUGUGGGGCUGAUUUUCUACAGACAUUUCAGACUCCUAAUCUCUGGAAGAAAGAACACAUCCAAGAAAUCGUAGAAAAGUUUGGUUUGGUCUGUAUAAGCCGUGCUGGCUCUCAUCCUGCUCAGUCUAUCAAUGAAUCAGAACUUCUAACUAAAUUUCAGCACAAUAUCUUUCUAGUUAAAGAAUGGAUUCAGAAUGAAAUCAGUUCAACGCAGAUACGCUAUGCUUUGUGCAGAGGAUUAAGUGUGAAAUAUCUCAUACCAGAUUCUGUCAUAGCCUACAUUGCUUACCAUAAUAUCUACACAGAAGAAAGUGAACGGAAGAAUGAAGGUGACUUGCUUCAGCCUCUGAAGUUGCAUAACACAACAGUAAGCCUGCUAAAUGACAGAUGCCCAUAGUAUGUGAAAUGGACAGAUAUGGCCUUUGUUCACAAGAAGCUCUUGAAAGAUAUUUCUUCUUGAUAAGGGGAAAAUACAUCUGCCCAAAAUGUCUUGAAUUCAUGACAUGUUAUAAUUUGUGUGUGCAGUAGCGCUUUAUAAAAUCAGUACAAUCAACUGAAUACCAUAAAAACAGAAGUAGUAAAGUUUUAGCAAUAAGUAAUAAUCUCCAGUAAUACUUAAAGAACUAUGUUUGACCUUUCCUGAUAUGAAAUUCCUUAAUCCUUUGGGCAGUUUAAGGAUGAAGAUGUCUUACUGUUCUGAAGCAGCAAAUUGAAAUGAACAAUAACUUCCCUAUUAUUUCUAAAAAGAAACACUCCUAAAUGUUGACUUCUUAUGACCCCAAAUAAAUUUUGCUUCUAAAGGGUAAAGGUAAGCUACAAGUGCAUUUUUUGUCAGUUUGGAGAAGAAAUGGAAAUAAAGCAAGUGCUUAAAAGUUCA